GAAACGGAACCACUCAGCGUUCGGCCUAGCCUUCUUCCGGUGCCGGAAAGUUGCUAGGCGACGGCCGAGAGACGCCGUUGUCUGGAGCCUGCGCCAAUAACUGAGUCACCACCAACUGCCGCGCGUUCCUUUCCCCCCCCCUUUUUCCUCCGCCCAUCCUACAUCAGAGCGCCUCGCUCGGUUGCACCCUUUCGCGAAGUGAGCCGGGGGUGGAGAGCUACAUACCCCCCCCCCAUUCCCACUAUGGAGAGAUAUCAUGUGUUGGAGAUGAUUGGAGAAGGCUCUUUUGGAAGGGUAUACAAGGGGCGUCGCAAAUACAGCGCACAGGUGGUGGCCUUGAAGUUUAUCCCCAAAGUAGGUCGGUUGCAAAAAGAGCUGAAGAAUUUACAGCGAGAGAUUGAGAUCAUGCGGGGACUUCAUCAUCCCAACAUUGUCCAGAUGCUUGACAGUUUUGAGACUGAUAAAGAGGUUGUGGUAGUGACAGAUUAUGCUGAAGGGGAGCUUUUUCAGAUCCUCGAGGAUGAUGGGAACUUGCCUGAGGAGCAGGUACAGGAUAUUGCCUCUCAGUUGGUCUCUGCACUCUAUUACCUGCACUCCCACCGGAUUUUGCACCGUGACAUGAAACCUCAGAACAUCCUACUGGGGAAAGGGGGAGUGAUCAAGCUCUGUGACUUUGGGUUUGCCCGUGCAAUGAGUAUUCACACCAUGGUGCUGACAUCUAUAAAAGGCACUCCAUUGUAUAUGUCCCCUGAGCUUGUGGAAGAGAAACCCUAUGACCACACAGCUGACCUCUGGUCAGUGGGAUGCAUUCUGUAUGAGCUGUAUGUGGGCACACCACCGUUUUACACCAACAGCAUCUUCCAGUUGGUCAGCCUGAUCAUCAAGGACCCUAUCAAGUGGCCAAAAAACAUGAGCCCCAACUUCAAGAGCUUCUUGCAAGGCCUGUUGAUGAAAGACCCUCGACAGCGCCUGUCCUGGCCAGAGCUUCUCUAUCACCCCUUCAUUGCAGGGAAGGUCACUGUGAUCAGUGACACAGCCGAUCAGGGCGUUGCCAACCCUUUCACCAGCAAACUGCCUCCUGAACUGCAGGCCUUGAAAGAACAGCAGACACACUCUCUGGCUCCUCACAGUGGUCAGUCAAAGAUCCUGAGGAAGGCACGGCAGAAGAUGGCCCAGGAGGCUCAGAGAAAGGAGACUGGGAAAUCCAAGGCUCCACUUAAGGAAGAAAGCACCAAAGGGGGCCAGAGCCACACACGCAAAACACACCUUGUUCAGACAGAUCCCAGAGAAGGGAAUCGGGCAGCUCCUAGCACAAGCUCUGGAAAACAAAGGCAUCCUAGCCUUGGAGGAAAGGGAACAGAGUGGGAGCAAAAAGAACAAUCCCCCACACCUCGAGAGAAUCAGAUCACACAGGAUUAUGAGCGGGAGUUCCUGAAGGUGAGGCCAGACGGUGGCAGAGCAGAAGCAAGAGGCAGACACAGCAUUGGCACUGUGGAUCUGGAGGCUGAGGAGGUGGAUAGCGAUGAGGAGUGGCAGCACCUGAUAGAUGCCACAGAUCCUGCACACGUGCAGCUGAGUGCUCCACUCAGUCUUCUGGGAGACCUUGCUUUUGUGCAGCGCAUCCAUGCCCGACUGAAGGAUUCUGGUCAGCAGGUGCUGGAGGGAAUGCUCGAGGGAGCUUCCCAUCUUCGUCCUGCCCUCCACGUCAUUAGCAACUUGCUGUGUACUCGCUGUGACUCGGAGCUGUUGUACACCUUCUGCAGUGACAUAGGAUUAUCUCACUUCUUGGUGGAGCUAGUGGGGAGCAUCCUGGAGAGCUUCAACAUCAAGCAGCAGCCCUGGUGCAUCACAGUACUGAUAGACUUAGUUGCUGUCAUGUCAGCCUACUUUGCCAGUGAUUUCAACAGAGAGCAGAGUGGAAAAAAACAAAGCUUGCAGGCAUUCCACAACUCUGCCUGUAGCUUCCUAGCCCUGUUGCCUGCACUGCUGGCUCAGCCCACAGACCAAGAGAGCAGGUUGCAAGAACAAAGCCUGAUGUGCUUCAUCCGCCUGUGUGAGAGUAUGGAUUGCACCUGCUCCUCCAUCUCCAUUCCCUUCUACACCAGCUUGCUUGAGGAGCAUCACUCCCUGCUGGAUGCACUUUGCCAUGGUGGUAGCUGUGACCAGCCAGCUGAGGAAGUGUCCCCCAAGUCAGUGCAAGAGUGGAGUGAACGCUUGGGAGCUGCCUUUACUGCAGCCUUAGCAGCAUCCUGUGGCAUCCUAGGAGGGCAUACCACAUGUCAUAAGGCCAAAAAGCAGAUCUCUCAGCGAGUAGCUGAGAAGCUCAUUGAGAAAAAUAAUUGCCUGCUGCCAAGCCUCCUCUCAGGAGUUGAGCGCUCAGCCUCUUCUCUGAAUGGGCUAAAGGUCCUGUAUGCCUGUUGCCAUGUCAGUCAGACUCUGUGCCAUCGCUUAGCAACUCCAGAAGUGCUGAGUUCCCUGAUCUGUCACCUGCAAGGCAAGGUCCCACUGACUGAAGUGGCACAAGUGCAGGCAGCUGAAGCCUCACUGAGACUCUUCUCCCUCCUGCUCCUCCAGCUACAGAUCCUUCCACCUCAAUCUGACAUGCUGCUGAAAGAAACCAUGGAGCUUUUCAACCAUGCAACAGCUACCUCUGUUUUAAGUGCUGCAGGAUUGCUGCUGACCUACCUCAUCCAGUAUGGUGCUGCUGUGACACUUGGGGGAGAGGAAGCCAUGUCAAUUAUAGCUACUGUAUUCACUGAACCAGCAGAGCUGUGCCUGCCACCUCCCAUGGGAGCUGGCUUCUAUGAUGGGCUCCUGCUCUUGCUGCUGCAGCUAUUAACCCAGGGGGAUGCAGCAAUGGUGCGGGAGUUUGCUACCUCAGAACUCUGGGGCAUAGCGUGGCAUCGCUUUGCCAUGGUGCUCCACUUAACUACUCAGAAGCCAGUAAUGGAAGGCGAGACCCCGAGAGCUGCCCAGCAGGCACCAGAGCCAGACUGGAGUCUCAUCUCGCCACAAGGAACCUUGCUGUUCCUCAGCUUAGCCCUCUUCGUCUUCACACGAGAGCCUCAUCAGUGCCUUCUCCAGCUGGCCCAGCCCAAUGGGGUUAUCAUGGCAACUCUAAACAAGCUGCUUGAACCUGACUUCCUCGUGCACUUGGCACAAACGCAGGUGCAAGAGGAUGGUGAUCCAGAGCUGAUGCCAGCUUUUGUGCUCCAUAUUUGCCAGCUCCUCUGUUUCCCUUUUGCUCUGGACAUGAAUCCUGAAACUUUAGAGCUUAUCAUGACAGGUCUAAGGGACUCUGAAAUCCCUGCCCGGUUACUCCAGGUCUGCAUUCACCAUCUUCCUUUCUCAGAGACUGAGUUGCCAUUGAGUCUCCUAUGCCACUUGGUCCUGAGUGACGAGGGCGUCAUUGAGCAGGUGGUGGGAGUGGCUGCUUCAGAGCAUGCCAUUCCAUUCUUAUCAGCCAUUUUGUUAUCAGACCAGUUAGCCAUUACUGCAGACUUGCUCUCCCUGCUCACCCAUAUAGCCCGGGCCAGUCCAGCUCAUCUGUCAUUUCUACAGAGGCUCCUGUGUGAUUCAGACUCUGCUUCCCAGCCACUGAGCCACUUGCUGUGCCACCGAGAGUGCCCGGUUCGUGCCAGAGCCUGUAGCCUUGUGGGGAACUUACUGCGACAUGGACAGGAGUUUCCUAAGGUGCUGGGGGGCCAGGUUGGGCUGCUGGAACGUCUUCUGGAACGUCUCUCAGAUGAGGAUGAACGUGUGCGCUGCUCAGCCAGCUUUGCUGUUGGUAAUGCAGCUUACCAGGCUGGCCCUUUUAUGCAGGCCCUGAGCAAAGCAGUGCCCUGGGUUGUUCGGCUCCUGAGUGAUCCUCAGGCCAAGACCCGCUGCAAUGCGGCUUCAGCGCUGGGCAACUUGGGCCGGCAGUCAGUGGAACUGGGGGAUUUGCUGAUCCAGAGCAGAGCACCUGAUCAUCUAUUGGAUGUGGCAUGCCACGAUUCCCAACCAGCUGUGCAAGAGGCAGCACUCAUUGCCCUCCGAUCCAUUGGCCAGCAGCCCAGGAUCCACCAGGUGCUGGUGUCACUCAGAGCAAGUGAAAAAUUGGAAGCACUUUCAUGUAGGGAUCCUCAAGCGAGUGCCUAUACCAGCCAGCGGCCCUCAUCAACAAGGCAUUGUAAGAAAUUGAUCCAUCUCCUGCAGCCUGUACACAGUGCCUGACGAUUGAAGAGGGGAAAAUAUGCUCUUCUUUCACAACACCUGAGCCUUGGAGAACCACGGAACAGAAAUACUAUUACAGCUACUUUUUGUGACUGGCCUUCAAUGUGCCUGAAUGUCAGAGGGCUCUAAUCUUUCUAACUGAAGUUGGAAGAAGCCAUUACAGAACUCUGUAAACUGUUUUAUAGCAUCUGAAUGGAAGAGCCACAGUACUCUGUUCAGUAAAGACAUUAUGCAAGUACCACUUUUUCCUGUUAUGAACCAUCCUGAGAAAAAGCCAAUAUGACCUGUUAUCCUGUCUAAACAGGCACAGUAUUGUAUAGGUCAUGUGUAGGAAAUAAUUUAUGCUCACUCUGGUGCAACCUGUAUCAAGUGCCUUGGACCACUGUUCUUUCAUAAAGCUUUUCCCCUGCCUGAGACUUCAUCCUUUCCCUUUGAAGGAGGAGGGUGGCCAGCCCCAUGUCAGCAACCAUCCCUGCUUAAACAAAGAAGAGAGGAGUGGCAUUGUUGGCUAAUUCUGUGUCUUUGAGAGGAGCAACAGUAUCCCUCAGUAGUUUAAUCAGCUGUAAUACAUUGCAUCAUUGGUGUAUCAAGGAUUUCACCUUAUUUAUUGUGGAUUAACUAGGAUCCUGGCCCAAAUGGGCUCUGGCCUUUAUAGUUACUAGUGUUUGUAUAAUAAAAGCUGGUUUGUUUA